UCCUCUUCGUUCUUCUUCGUUCUUCCUGGUUCUCCGCUUCAAAGUGUCCCGGCACUCCGCUCAACAAGUCCAAAGUUGUCCGGACGCGGGAGCGGGAUGGACGCGGUGACGGGGAGCCCUUCUCCGAGAACAACUCCGGCGCCUCGCCUGAAAAUGUGACGAGCGAGACGCCAGCUUGAUUUUGUUUUCUCUUCCACGAGCGGUUGUAAGCGGCUGCGGGCUAACUGUUAGCCACCUAGCGCGCUAGCUGUUAGACACCGAGCGCCCGGUAGCUGCCGGACACUUAGGCCGUGUGAACGUCUUCGACCGCUGGGCGGCGGAACGGAGCGCCGAGCAUGGAGAACAAGGACAAAGUUCAGAUGCGGAACCAUCCACGCAGGCAUAUGAAGAAGCUGAGCGAGGACAGCCUGACCAAGCAGCCCGAGGAAGUGUUCGACGUGCUGGAGAAGUUGGGGGAAGGGUCGUACGGCUGCGUGUUCAAGGCUCACUACCGAGAGACGGGCGAGAUCGUGGCCAUCAAGCAGGUUCCCGUCGAGUCGGACCUGCAGGAGAUCAUCAAGGAGAUCUCCAUCAUGCAGCAGUGCAACAGCCCACAUGUGGUGCGUUACUACGGCAGCUACUUCAAGAACAGCGACCUGUGGAUUGUCAUGGAAUACUGCGGCGCGGGGUCCGUGUCCGACAUCAUACGCAUACGCAGCAAGACGCUGACUGAGGAGGAGAUCGCCAGCAUCCUUCAGUCGACGCUGAAGGGUCUGGAGUAUCUUCACUUCAUGCGGAAAAUCCACCGGGACAUCAAGGCGGGCAACAUCCUGCUCAACACGGAGGGUCAGGCCAAGCUGGCCGACUUCGGCGUCGCCGGUCAGCUGACGGACACCAUGGCCAAGAGGAACACGGUGAUCGGGACGCCCUUCUGGAUGGCGCCCGAGGUGAUCCAGGAGAUCGGCUACAACUGCGUUGCCGACAUCUGGUCGCUGGGCAUCACCGCCAUCGAGAUGGCCGAGGGGAAGCCGCCCUAUGCCGACAUCCACCCCAUGAGGGCCAUCUUCAUGAUCCCCACCAACCCUCCGCCGACGUUCCGCAACCCGGACGUUUGGUCGCCGCACUUCCGGGACUUUGUGAGCCAAUGCCUGGUGAAGAACCCGGAGAACAGGGCCACCGCCACGCAACUGCUGCAGCACGCUUUCAUCAAGGCGGCCAAGCCCGGCAGCAUCCUGAGAGCGCUCAUCAGCGACGCCAUGGACAUUAAAGCCAAGCGGCGAGAGGCGGCGGCGGCGCACGCGGAGCACGACGACGACGACAACGACGACGACAAUUCCGAAGAGGACGAGGUGGACCAGGGCACCAUGGUGAGGGCGGCGCCGGGCGACUCUGCCACCGUGCGUGCCGCCGGCGCCGCGGGCCGACGAGACGGCGACGAGGAGGCGGGGACCUUGCGCUCGCAGCUGGGAACCAUGGUCAUCAACUCGGACGACGACGCGGGCACCAUGAAAAGGACGGACGAGAGCUCGCCGCCAUCCAAACCGUCGUUCCUGGAAUACUUCGAGCAGAAGGAGAAGGAGGCCGGCAGUCAAAAUGGAGGAGGAGAGGAGCGCAAAGUGCUGGCUGAAGGAGAUCUGGAGCUGGUCAGUUCGUGGUCGGUGGAAGAUCUGCGCGUGCGUCUGGCCGCGCUGGACCCGCAGAUGGAACAAGAAAUGGAGGAAAUCCGACAGCGCUACCAAGCCAAGAGGAAACCCAUCCUGGACGCCAUCGAGGCCAAGAAGAGACGACAGCACAACUUGUGAAGCGAGGCGCUCCCCGCCGACUCCACCGGUGACACUUUGAUACCUUUUAUACUCGGCCACACACACGUGACAUGGGCGGGGUGGAAAAUAUGAAAUUGUGGACACAACAUAGACGUAACUUGGUAGAAAUAAUGUGCGCGUGCACAAAAUACAAAUUGAUGAUAUGAUGAUCGUUCCUGGACCGCUGAGUAAGCAAAAGGAGUGCACCUUCUCUAAAAACAGGCAGCUAGACUUGGGCAAAGGUGCGCUCCAUUUGCUUACCCAGACGGCCAAAACAGAAAUUUGGGUCUGAAGCACACAUUACACCCGUUUUGUGACCACCGAUUAUUGUGUUUUGCAGCCACAAAUUGGUAUUUUGUGCGAACGUUAUACCUCAUUUGUGGCGGCAGCUUAGUAUUUUGCGGCGAUAUCAUAUUUUAUGUUAUCAUAAUAUACAGGUGCAUCUCAAUACAUUGGAAUUGAAAAUGUGAUUAUAUAGAUUCACGACACAGAGUACACUGUUUUAGUUAUGAUUUUGAUGAUGCGUCGCGGAACGGAAAGCCGCGUCGGACGCUCCCCAAGAAAUUCGAAUGUUACCUAAGAUUUGAAUCUUGUCAAAAAGGGUUUUCUUGUGUCGAAUGAAUCUGAAUACAUAUUUUGGAAUAAAUAAUAACAUCAACUCUUCACACUAUUCCCAUUUAUUGAGAUGCCUCAAAUGAGCAUUUUGGGGCAACGAUUUCAUAUUUUGUAGUAGUAAUAUGUAUUUUGUGUCCACAAUGGAAUUCCCCCAGCGCCCACGUGACGUGCGGGGCCGCAAACGUUUUCCACUUUUGAGCGUCCCCUCGCGGGAGCUCAUCCGCUCGCCGGCCAUCUCGAAAAUGAAAGCGGCGCCGUGUUGCCUGAAUGUAGCGUCGCGGCACUACUUUCCUUUUCCUGCCGUCGCGGUUCACUCGUUUGCGUCGUCCUCCGGGCCAAAACGCCAGCAAAUGCUCGACACGUUUUGCGAGAUGCGCCGCCACGGCGCGCGCCACUUCCUGUUAGCGUUCCACUCUUACGUUUGUUUGCCGUCGACUUUUUUUUUUUUUUUUUUUUUUUUUUCUGGCGGCGAAAGGGAAAUAAUGUGAGUCGAAAGCACUGGAGGCGAAAAUGCCGGAAUGUUUUUUUUUUUCUACACGAGCUGUUGUCUUAGCGUAAGCUGCAAAUGAUCACGUUUGGAUUUUCAGGGGCGCGUUUAUUUAAAACUUCCAACGUCUCAUUUAGUUUUGUGACGGAAAAAGAAAAAAACCCCUGCGAAUUCUGUCAACUGGAAUCUCGUUGGAUGUUUGCGAAGUUUCUGCGUGAAUGGCAAAGAUGUCCUCGCUUGGGUUCGGGAGGUGUGGCCAUCUCCCACCCAUUUCACCAUCUUUAGCCGGCGUGCGUCGUGCGAGAGAGAGAGAAAGCUUGCUGGCUCAUCGGUUGACUAAUGCUUGACUGAUUAGUCAGUUCUUGGUUCGGCCUGGUGGGUUAUUUAGUUGAUUGGUUGGUCGAUUAGACGGUUGGUUGGUUGCUUCAUUGGUUGGCUUAUUAUUAGUAGUAGUAGUAGUAUAGUCAUUGACUAAUGAACUAACCAACCAGUCAGCGAGUAUAUUGAUCAAAUCCGUUGGUCGGCAAGGAUUAAUCAACUAGUUGGUUGGCUAUUUGAUGAGUCAAUUGAUUGAUGGGUUGGUUUUUGAUCAGUGGAUUGAUUGCUUGGUUGGUUGGUUGGUUGGUUGACUGAAUGGUUGAUCUGUUGAUUGGCCGGUUGUUGGGUUGGUUACUUACUCAGUUGGUGGCUUCGUUAACCUAUUGAUUGGUUGGCUGUUUGCAAGGUAGGUUAAUCGGUAGGCUAAUAGUACAGUAAUUGGCUAAAGAAUUAACCAACCAAUUUGAUUCAUAGAUUGGCUGGCUGCUACAUUGGUUAGUGCGUCAGUCAACCGUUUCACUCAAUUAACCAACCAAUCAAUUGGCUAUUCAACUCACCAACAACCAGUUGAGUAAACCACUACUCAAUUGGCUAAAUAAGCAACCAAUCAAGUGACUAAUGAAUUGCCAAAGCGAGCACGUAAUGAAGUAAAUAAGCAAGCGAUGCAGCGAGCGAGCGGAAAAACCUUUCGAACCACAUCGGAAACGUCUUCGACUCCAAUGUGAGGACACUUUGGAAAAUGCAACUUUGGCCGGUUUCCACGGCGACCCGCGCGACGGCGAACGUACACCGAAACGAAGCUUGUCGCCGAAUAUUCCUUUUGAUCUUUUUCCAUUCCCGUUGCUGAACGCUUUGUUUGGAGUGCUUACGGGUCUUUUCGUUUUUAUUUGAAAUUGUUGUCGCUUUCCGGAUGCUGUCUGUCUGAUGUUUGCUGUAUUUAAGUUGUCAACACAAUAAAGACAAAAAAGUG